AUGUACACAAUUCUGAUGGACGCUGGGUCCAAGUAUGAGAUUGAUCGUCCAUUCCCCAUGAAGUCGCCACCAGAAAGCAGGGAUCCCAAGCCGUACUGUCACUUCCAUAGUGACAUUGGACAUGACACCAACGAAUGUAAAAGCCUAAAAAGGGCACUGGACGGCCUAGCCGCUAAGGGAUUCCUAAAGAGUUAUAUUAGCAGAAAUACGGGAGGAGGAUUGGCCGCCGGUGGACCGACCAUGAGAGGUCAGAAAGAUUAUGCCAAGCGGCUGGGACAAGUGAUGCUAUCAGGCAAGGCCACAGCCGACCCGUUCCCAAAAGUAGAGAUCGGCGAGGCCGACCGUGGAGAAAUAGCCACCCCGCACGAUGAUCCCUUGGUAAUUGAGUUGAAGGUCGCCAACCUGAGGGUUAGGCGUAUCCUGGUUGAUACCGGGAGCUCGUCAGACAUAAUCAGUCUUGAGUGCUUAAAUCGGUUGCAACAUGAUUCCUCAAAGAUUGAGAAAAUCCACUACCCCAUCAUAGGUUUCGGAGCCUAUGGUGCCGAGGCUGUUUUACCCAUAGAGAUGUGUGAACCAACUUUGAGGGUCAUGCUGUAUGAUGAAAAUGCUAACUGGGAGAUGAAUGGCGAGAGAAUACAACAAGAAAGUCUCUAA